AUGGUUGUAGGAAAACAAAUGGGAAAACGAGUAUUAAUUGACUGGAAAGGUUUAAAUGGUUUCUCAAAACUAUUGAUCAAAACGUUUGAUUCAUUGAAGAGCAGCGCAAAUACAAGACUCAUGUCGUCCACUGUUUUAGCCGAUUGUGUGUCUCAUUUGGACCCAAAACAGGUGCAACUUCUGGAGGAGGAAUGUAUUGUCGUCGAUGAGAAUGACGUGCCUUUGGGGGCGAAGACCAAAAAAGAUUGUCAUUUAAUGACAAACAUAGACAAGGGUUUAAUUCAUCGGGCAUUCAGUGUAAUGCUGUUCAACAGUUCCGGUGAACUCUUGUUAACCCAGAGAUCUGACGCCAAAAUCACAUUUCCCUCAUUCUUCACGAAUACGUGUUGUAGUCAUCCGUUGUAUAACGAGUUGGAAAGGGAUGAGACAAAUGGCAUCGGAGUUAAGAGAGCCGCUCAACGAAGACUACACACCGAACUCGGCAUCGAUUCCCUUAAGAUUCCGCUCCAAGACAUCAAAUACAUGACUCGUUUCCUAUACAGAGCGCCUUCGGGUGGCCUUUGGGGCGAACAUGAGAUCGAUUACGCUUUGGUCAUCCAAAAGGAUGUGGACCUCAAUCCCGAUCCAAAUGAAGUCAAAGAAUCUCAUCUCCUUUUUGAGUCCGUUUUGAAUCAACAUGAGAUCGAUUACGCUUUGGUCAUCCAAAAGGAUGUGGACCUCAAUCCCGAUCCAAAUGAAGUCAAGUUUUAUCAAUUCGUCUCCAAAGAGAAUCUCAUCUCCUUUUUGAAGAGUGAAGAAUUAAAGGGCAAUCGAGUGACGCCAUGUAGCUGA